AUGGCAAAAGGUAUGUUUGAUCUGCGUGGAUGGGUAACAGCACCUCACAGAAUAGAUAGCAUUGUUGAAGUUCCUGUGCUUGGGAUGACAUGGAAUACAAUUCUAGACAAUUUAAGAUGUAAUGUCAACAUAAGUGAAGCAAGAUCGGAGAAAAUAACGAAAAGAUAUGUGAUUGCUGUGGCACAACAUAUAUUCGAUCCACUGGGACUUGUUUGCCCAGCAACUUUAAUACCCAAACUUAUUAUGCAGAAAAUUUGGGAACAUAACAUAGAUUGGGAUCAUGAAAUACCCGAAGAGUUAGCCCAAGAGUUCAAAAUCUGGUUAAGUAAAGCACAUUUCAUCAAUCAAUGUCUGUUCCCUAGACAUAUCUCAAUCGCACCUUUAGAAAAAUGUCAGACAAGUCUUCAUAUAUUUUGUGAUGCCAGCCUAACAUCUUUUGCUGCAUGUUUGUUUUUAAGAACAAAAUUAAACGAACAGGUAAAAGUCCAAUUAGUUUUAGCAAAAAAUCGGGUAACCCCAGCUAAAAGAAAAAUGUCUUUACCAAGACUAGAACUUAUGGGGGCGCUCAUUGCAACUCGACUAUACAAAGAGGUUUUAGAGUCAAGAUUGCUAACAAAAUGUAAGGAAUACAAGGUUUAUUUUUGGACUGACUCUGCUGUGGUGCUAUCAUGGCUAAAAAGACAAGCACAUUGGAAACCAUUUGUUUCCAAUAGAGUGAAAGAAAUAUGCUCAACAACCAAUCGUGACGAUUGGUACCAUCUACCUGGUGAGUACAAUCCAUCAGAUCUUCCAUCACGAGGUUGUGACGCAAAGAAGCUUAUGGAAAGUAGAUGGUGGGAAGGCCCAGCAUGGUUGAAGCUUAAUGAGAAGGAUUGGCCAAAAUCAAACAUUAUAAAUGUCAAUGAAGAGAUUGUAGAAGCAGAAGUAACCAAAAACGCCAAGAUUAAUACAAAUGUCACAAUAGAACCAUUCAGUCAAAAAUUGACAUAUUUUUCAAAAUAUAACCGCAUAGUUAGACUUGUGGCAUGGAUAUUACGUAUGAAUUGUAAAAUAAAAAUAAAGUUUGGCAUAAAGGAGUCAGACAUAACAAAUGAUGAAUAUAUCAAUGCAGAAAAGACACUAAUUAAAUUAUUACAGAAAGAGAAUUUUACAGAAGGGUUUUCGUUACAUAAUAUAAAUACAGAAAUAGAUGCCGAUGGGGUGAUAAGAGUAAAAACACGUUUAGAUUUGAGUAAAGAAGACAAGAAUUUUGUAAGGCCAAUACUUCUACCAGGAAAAAACGAAAUCGUACAGCGGUUAGUGCGACAGAGACAUGAAAAGUUAAAUCAUGGAGGAACUCAGCUCUUACUAUCCAACCUCAGAAACAAUUUAUGGAUUUUAAACCUAAGACGUCUUGUUAAAAGCGUUGUUUCUAAAUGUGUUAUAUGUAAGAGAUACAAGACAAAACAUUACGAGGUUCCUGAAGCACCAUUGCCAUCAAACAGAGUUGAGGCAAAUGCAGCAUUCCAGAUAACUGGUAUAGAUUUAGCGGGACCUCUACAUCUCCGUGACCAAAGCAAAUGUUGGAUAGUAUUAUUUACUUGUGCUACAUAUAGAGCAGUUCACCUAGAGCUUGUGGAAUCUUUAUCCACAAAUAGUUUCUUGAUGGCCUUACGUCGUUUCAUAGCUCGAAGGGGCCGCAUAAACAUUAUAUAUACUGAUUGGCACUACAGUGGUACGAAUUUUCAAGGUUCAGCCAAUUUAUUAAAAGAGGUUGAUUGGGCAAAAGUCGAAGCAGCAACUAGCGUAGUUCCACCAGCUAUCAAGUGGCGUUUUGUACCUCCACGUGCGCCCUGGUGGGGAGGAUGGUGGGAGCGCCUUAUAAAGGUAGUAAAGGAAAUGUUAAGAAGAAUCUUGGGAAAACAAUCCUUAACUUUUAUUGAAUUAUCAACAAUAAUUUGUGACUGCGAAGCAAUCAUUAACAGCCGACCAUUGACAUACGUAGCAACAGCUGAUGACUCUCUUAAACCACUUACUCCAAUGAUGUUUCUACAUCCCUUAGAUAAUAGUGAGAUGCCUGAUUUAGAUCUGAUUGAUGCAAAAAACAUAAAUAUUCGUUUACAAUAUCUAAACAAAUUACGUGCAGAUUUUCGACAACGUUUUAGAAACGAAUAUAUUGCUUUAAUUUGUAGUAAAGAUAGAUGUAAACAAAAUUUGCCGAAAUUAAACGAUAUUGUUGUUAUUGAAACUGACACUAGUCGGCUAUAUUGGCCAUUAGGUAUUAUAAAGGAGUUAAUUAUAGGUGCUGAUGGUAAUUGUAGAGUUGCAAAAGUACAAACAGCUACCGGUGAAUUGGUUAGAGCUGUACAAAGUCUUUACCCACUGGAAUUAACAACAGUUACAAACGAAUGGCACAGGGCCAGUCCAUCUACUAAUAGAAAUAAGACAGAGACUAACCCUAACAUUAAGGAUUAUAGUUCCCAGGCGACUUUGAAUUCGGACAUAAUAUCAUCUGAUUUACCUCGAACGACUCACUGGCCCAAGACGCAAAAGACAAAGCCGACCUUUUAG